ACAAGACCUGCUUGUCUAACACUGCGAAAAGUGGGUUGUGAAAGGACCCGAGAAAGACCCUGUGCUGGAUGCUUCACAGCCUCGCCAAGGCAGAGGUUGGUCCAGUUUUCUUCCAGUAAUAAUUCCAGGAAACCUGAGGAAGAUCCCAUCUCGGGGAUGGCGAGUGCGAGGUGAUGCAGUGUCUGCUCCGGUGAAGUUCCCCAGGCUGUGCGAGGAAAGAAGAUCUGUCCUGUCCAAAGCCAGGAAGGAGGCAUCUCCCCAGCUUUUGCUGCACCUCUGUACCUGCUCUUGUGCCAGCUGCGUGAGGGGGAAGGAGAAGCAGCAGAGGUUUCGUAAUGAGCACAUUGAUCUUGGCCAUGGAAAGAGCCUGCGCUGCCUGCUGGAGCCAGCUCGGUGGGACGGUGUACAACGGGACUUGGCAUUACGGGUUGCUGGGGCCGGCUGGCUCAUACAGGGAAGACGACUACAGCAAGACAGACUGUGAAGAUGAUCAUUUGAGCAAAGUCCCUAUCACGCUGAUCAUCUGUUUCUGUGGGCUGGUGGGGAACGGGGUUGUCCUCUGGUUCCUUGGCUCCCGAGACCGCAGGAACGCCAUCAUCAUCUACGUCCUAAACCUGGCCAUUGCCGACAUCACCUUCCUCCUCUCCAUCACCAUCGCCCUUGUGAUAUUUUAUGGCUCAGAGACCCUUUGUCACAGGCUGGACUGGCGGGAUGUGGCAACUGUGCUGAACAUCACCAUCCUCUUCAGUUUCACCGCCAGUGUCUACCUCCUGACAGCCUUCAGUGCCAUGACGUCCCUGUCCAUCCUUCCCCUGGUCCGUGGUCCCUGUCACCGCUCCCAGCACUUGCCAGUGCUUGUGUGUGCCCUGCUCUGGGUCCUCUCCUUCCUGCUCACCAUCACCCUGUACUUCUGCCCUGCAGCACUCAUCGUCUUUGCCCUGAGCCACCUCCUAUCGGUGCUUAUCCUGUUUUUUUCUGGUCUAACCCUGCUUGCCAGGCUCUUGUGCUCUUCGUGUCAAUAUCCUCCAAGGAAGCUCUGUGUUGUGGUCCUGCUGGUUGUCUUCUUCUUCCCCUUCUUCACUGCUGAUUUUGGUUACUGGCUCUUGUUAAGACUGUUUGAUUUUUCUGUUUUUGUCUCUGACGCCUCUUUCCCGCUCGCCUGUGUGAACAGCACUAUCAACCCUGUUAUUUACUUCUUGGCUGGGAGCUGUGCAAAGAAGUUCAGGCUCUCUGUCAGGGUUGCUUUCCAGAGGGCUUUUGAAGAUGGAACAGAGCCCCAAAACAGAAGUGAAACUCACAGAGAAAACACAGUGGAAGCAGCUGUUUAAACCCCUGCAGCCCCUCCCUGAGAGAAGAUGCUCAAUGGUUGGGGUUGGAAGGGACCUCUGGAGAUCACCCAGUCCAACCCAUGCUCAAGGGAUGGAGACAUCCCAUGAGCCAAACGGAGACAAGGAAGAUGGCUUUGGUGCAGGUCUGGAUGGAGCUGAAGAGCAUGAGCUGCAGAACAGCAAAACACACUGGGUGGCAUAAGAACUCCUGCCUGGGGUGAACACUGAGAAGUGUGAUUAAAAACCCAUCAAAGCCUUUGAAAUCUCUGCUUUGAAUCUGUUCCAUCCAACAGUUCAGAGCUUUCAGUGUCUCAAAAAUGAUCUUGCUCUACCCCGCGCACUGUUAAAACAAAGCCAUGGAGGUUGGACUCGAUCUUGAGGGUCUCUUCCAACCAAAAUGAUUCUAUGAUUCUAUGACUCUAUGAUGCUUAGAUCCUGCCAGUGUUUAUUUUAUUCGAUGCCUAUGACCACACUGUGGGUAGAGAAGACUUGGCACAGCAAGGCAGAAUAAUUCGUGGGCAAACCCUUUUGUGGGCAUCUCUAGCGGAUGCCAGCACAUGUGAAGAAUAUGUGGAGGUUUCCACAUCCAGACUUGUUCCCAAGCAAGGAGGCAAUGUGUUUUGGAUUGCCCCCGGAAGGCUUUCCGUGAAACACAUUGCUUCUGCCUCAAAAUGAGCUUUGUCCUCACACCACGUGGGCCGCCUGCACGCAAGGGUUUCCGGCUGGAGCCGCCUCUUGUCGUUCCCCCCGCUUUUCUCUCUGUCUGGAUGGUUAUCCUGAGCAAAUGCUAUUUCGCAACCAUGACCUGAGGUCUGUGUCCAUUUCUGGUGUGCCUGUUCGUUCCUCAUCUGGAAAUAAAAGACGAGGAGCAGAAUUAAAACGAAAGACCACCAAAAGCACAGCCCUGCCUGAAGGCUCUGUUAAACGCUGGGUUUUCUCUGUGAAAGAGGAUACAGGGAGGGGGGAGGAAAACAGUGGAAUUUUUAUGGGAAAGACCCUGUUGAGGCCGUGAGGACUGAAAAUGAAACAUCUUGAAAUCCUCUCUCGGUUUUCCUGUGGGGACUGAUAGGAGCAGGGCUGGAGCAGAUUCCCUGUCCCCUUGCAGGGACAUUACUGUGCUGUUGGGUCCCUGAGAGACCCCGCAGGGAGGCCACAGCCUCCAGGAUGCGAUGUCUCACCAUCCAGCUGUCAUCUGCUGCACCAAACCGGGUGCGUCUGGAGCACAGCUGGAAAGCAGCACCUCGCGUGAACUUCUUGGCAUGAACAUGGUUUCAAAGGUCCUUUCCAAACAAAGUGGUUCUGUGAUUCUAUAAUUCUGUCAUUCCAUGAGCACCGGGAACAUGCAACUCAUAAUCCUCUGCUACUAUCGAACUUGUACUUUACUCAGACUGAUUUAACCCUGGAAUUAAAUGGUGUGACACUUGAAGUAUAAGAGUAUGUUCUUGU